CAGGAAUUAACUUAAAAUAGCGAGGAUAAAAAGCAAAAACAAAAAUAUUUGUCCAGACCAUUAUAAAACAAUAAGGACUAAAACAAAAAAACAAAUUUACGAAGACCAAUCGUAUAUAAAAUGGGUCGUGGAAGAAUAUCUAUGGAACUGAUUCAAAAGGAGAAAUCUAGAAAGACAACAUUUCAAAAGAGAAAGAAUGGAUUAUUGAAAAAAGUGAAUGAAUUUUCCAUUCUUUGUGAUGUUGAUGUUUGUGUAAUUCUUUAUGCACCCAACUUUGAAGGACAAGGAUAUGCUGAACCUGAAACAUGGCCCAAAGAUAAAAAAGAGGUACAAAGAAUUCUUCAAAAAUAUUUUAAUACAACAAUCGACAGACGUCCUAAGAUCUACGAUGUUCAAGAAUAUUUCAAAGAAAGAAUGAAAAAAGUCGAAUUCGAGAUAUCGAAAGUUCGCAAAGAGAUGUUAAAGAUCAUGUAUCCAACUUGGGAUGAAUCUUUCAAUUCUCUUAGUGAGGAACAAUUGAGGUUAUUUGCUAGCAUUUUAGAUUCUAAGCUUGAUGCUUGUAAUCAAAAGAUGAAUAUGCUACAAGGAGAUGUUAAGGGAAAAGCUAAAGUUGAAUCAAACAAAGUUGAAAAACCUAUUGCUCCUUAUUUGGCUUCAAAUUCAAGUAACUACUACAAUCUCAUGCAAAACAACAUGCCUCAAGCACAAAUUUUCCAUCCAUUGAUUAAUAUUAGUGAUAAAAACAACUUAGCGUUUUGGCAAUUUCAAACGGGACAAAGCUCUCAAUCUUCUCCUAUGUUUGUCAAUGCACAAGGCUCAUACCAAGGCGAAUCGUCUGAUGAAGGUAGAUAUAUGCAAUCUUAUCCGUGGAAGCAGGUUGAUGCUAAUUCAAUUAAUUGGGCCAACCAAGUUGAUGGUAAUGUUAUCUAUGAUUCCAAAUUUGAUAUGAAAAAUAAGGAUGAAGCUGAAAAUGAUCAAAACUUGUCACCAUACUACUACAAUGGAAAUACACUAGCAAUGCAAUCAUAUCCUAUUGCUAUGCAAAAUAUUCCUUUCCAAAAUUUUCAAAACCAACCACAAGGAUUUCAAUUUAAUGGAUACAGUGAUAUGGAUAUUCUUCAAGCUCAUAUGUUGAACUACAUGGAUGGAAGGAAGUAGCCUAUAGUAGUAUACUUUUUUUUUUUGGGGACUAAUUCUCGUUAGCUUCUUAGUUAGUAUACAUUUUUGGAAUUUGUUUUUUUUUUUUCUAGACUUAACUGUCAUACAUUUAUUUAGAUUAUUGAGUUAAUGUGAAUUUCUUUUGUUGGUUUAAAAGUUGAACACAACUUGAAAAUUUGCCUAUUAUGUUUUUUAUA